AUGGCCCUCGCCCUGGCGUCCCCAGGGACUUUGAGCCUGGGGCCCCGCCCCCGCCGGCCGCCCCGCGCCUCCGCCAAGGGCCGAGCGGACGCCCUGCCGGGCCCCAGGGUCCUGGUGGUGCCUGGCUACCUGAUCGACGCCUCCGCCUACGUGCCUCUGGUCCGGUGCCUGCGGCGGCGCGGCUUCGCCGCGGCGCUGCCGCCCGUGCGCUGGCACAACUGGCUGCCCACGGUGGGCGGGCGGUCCCUGCGGCCCAUCCUGGACCGGCUGGAUUACGCGCUGUCGCGGCUGGUGGCGGGGGACCUGGCGGGGCCGGAGGACGGGUACGAGGUGCGGCUGCCCGCGGAGCCGACGUGGGCGGACUGGGCGGCGGAGUUUAGGGAGGCGUACAAGGGCGCCCGGCCCCCGUUGGAGGCCGCCGGUCCCAUGCCCGGCAUCCCCCGCAAGGCCUGCCUGGUGGCCAGCUCCGCGUCCGGCUGGAUAUGCCGCAUCUUGCUGGGAGGCGACCAUGAGUACUGGGGCGUCGCCUACCACGGCCGCGACCGCGUGCGCACCCUGCUCACCCUGGGCACCCCCCACGCCUGCAGCGAGGCCGUCAGCAAGAAGAACAUCGAAUUCGUCAACGGCCGCUACCCGGGCUGCUUCGAGGACGGCGUAAAGUACGUGUGCGUGGCCGGGACGGCGGUGAGGGGGAAGGUGUGGGGGGGCUUGUUGCGGGACUUCGCGUACCAGAGCUAUGAGCUGUGCCUACCGGGGCAGGGGGGGGAGAUUGGGGACGGCGUGACGCCCGUGGAGGCGGCGCUGGCGCUGGAGGGGGCGGAGAGAGUAGUUUUGGAUGGCGUAUGGCACCAGCCGUCGGACGCGCACGGGGGCAGGCUGUGGUACGGCUCGGAGGAGGUCGUGGGCGAAUGGGAGGGGUUCCUGCGGGAGUAA